CUGGGCGGCCUGCCCCCGGGCGGCGGGUCUCACCCGCAGCUCUAUGGCCGCCUGCCUGGGACCAUCUGGAGCUACACGCAGGUGCGGCGCACGGGCGGCGGCGGCGUGGAGACGGUGCAGGGCCCCGGCGUGUCGUGGGUGCACCCGGACGGCGUGGGCGUGCAGAUCGACACCAUCACGCCCGAGAUCCGCGCGCUCUACAACGUGCUGGCCAAGGUGAAGCGCGAGCGCGACGAGUACAAGCGGAGAUGGGAGGAGGAGCUUGCCAAGAGCAUGAACCUGCAGACCAUGGUGGACACACUGAAGGAGGCGGCGCAGGAGGCAGAAGCCAUCCAGGAUGAGAUGAACGAGACGAUCGAGAGGCUGAAGGCCGAGCUGGUGGUGUUUAAGGGGCUCAUGAGUGAUCCCAUGACAGACCUGGACACAAAGAUCCAAGAAAAGGCCAUGAAGGUGGACAUGGACAUCUGCCGCCGAAUCGAUAUCACGGCCAAGCUGUGCGAUGUUGCACAGCAGCGGAACUCGGAAGACGUGUCCAAGAUCUUCCAGGUGGUCCCCAAAAAGAAAGAACGUAAGGUGGUUUCGGAUGAUGACACCUCUGAGCAGGACGGGGAGGUGAACCGGUUCCCAGAUGAAGAGGUUGGCUCUAUGAACAUCACAGAUGAGAUGAAGCGCAUGUUUAACCAGCUGCGGGAGACUUUUGACUUUGAUGACGACUGUGACAGCCUGACAUGGGAGGAGAAUGAAGACACUCUGCUGCUCUGGGAGGACUUCACCAACUGCAACCCAACCAUCGACAUGCAGGGGGAGCAAGAGGAAAACUUGGGCAACUUGAUCCAUGAGACGGAAUCCUUCUUCAAGACGAGAGACAAGGAGUACCAGGAAACCAUAGGCCAGAUCGAGUUGGAGCUGGCCACAGCCAAGAGUGACAUGAACCGACACUUGCAUGAAUACAUGGAGAUGUGCAGCAUGAAGCGUGGCCUGGACGUGCAGAUGGAGACCUGCCGCCGGCUCAUCAAAGGCUCCGCGGACAGGAAUUCACCGUCCCCCAGCUCCGUGGCCAGCAGCGACUCAGGCAGUACAGACGAGAUCCAGGACGAGUUUGAGCGGGAGGCAGACGUGGAGCCCAUGGUCAGCUGAUGACUGAGGCCCCUGUGCCUGGUGGUCUUGGUGAUGGGGCCUCUGCCCCCUCUCCCCACAAGAUCCUUGGAGUGGGGCUCCAGUCCUCACCACACGGACUUCCUCUGCCCUCCCUUCUCUGGAGGCCCCAAGGGACGGCUGCUUCCUUCCUCCCUUCCACCCACCAUCAACCAGUGCCCUCUCCAUCCACCCACCCAAGGAAUGGUGCUCACAAUUUCUAUUCUCCACGUUACAAAUGCAGACUUCUGUCCAGAUGAUGCAGUGUUAACCGUGCCUUUUCCCUUAAGCUGAGCCACUUUGAGCUCCAAAGAAUUAUUCCUAGCAGGUGUUUUUAUACAAAACUCUAAGGUGAGGGCGGGGCCCCAGUGUGGGAUAUUGUGGUUUUCUACCCUUCCACCUGCUCCUCAGAUUGGCUAUGACCUAUGCCCUUCCCUCCUCUGCUGGCCAGCGCUGAUGGAGUUGGGCUUGGGGUGGUCCACCUUCACCCAGGACGGAGCUGUUUGCCUGUGCAAACUUUCCACGCCUGGGUGGGUACCUCCCAAGGGUUUUUCACUUACCAAAAGGGAAAAAGAUGGAAGGUGGGAAGGAAGACAAAUUUUUAUUUUCUUUUUGGAUCGAGUGGCACAGCAGAGGGACAAGGCACUGUGGGGGAAGGUGGAGCCUCACUGUGUUUAAACUACUAUGCAAAAAACAAAACAAAACAAAAAGCAGCUUGCCUUAUAUAUUGUGGAAGGUAGGCCCUCUCCCAGACUCGUGGUUUCCCCUCGGAGUUGGGAGGGAGGCCAAAGCUGGGGCGAUGUCUCUCGCAGCCUCUGAGGGGGUUCGGUCAAGGUCAGUAAAGAGGCCUGGGUCCUGCAAGGCCCUUGGCCACCUGACUGUUUGCUUUCUUGGGACCUCUGUGGGUUUGGGGGGGUCUUUUAUUGCCCUGACGACUUGAUGUUUUUCCCUAUUUCCAGCCAACUGUAAGGGGUUUUGGAUCUGUAAUUUCUCUGUGAGAAAGUCUGAAGGGAGCCAGGCCUGGUAUCGCCCCUUCCACAGUGGAGCCGGUGAGGCCCACCUGCUGCCAUCUUGGCUCUCCUCUGUGCCCCAGUUGCCCAUUGCUUGGCCACUGGCAGGCACUGGAAAGGAAAGAGGAAGGAGGCAAUGAGGGCUGCUGGCAGGUUGGAGGUGGCAGGAGUCGGCGCUCAAGUGAGAACCAUCCUUGUUCCACGUGUGCCAGCUUCUUCCCGUACUUCUCUUAACUGACCAGUUGGGGAGUUGAUUGAGCCAGUGCCUCCCCAAGGCUUGCGUGGACCUGUGUUGAAGCCACCCACCAAAUCUCAGCUUGGAGCCAGCUGACCAGGCUUUGCUUUUUUUUAAAAAAUGUCUUUUGUCCCAACUCCUGUGGGUAUGGUUGCUGAUUUUUGUUCUUGUUGGCCCAGCAGCUCCCCCUGGAGGUCAAAGGAGCACACUGUGCCCGAGGACCUGAACUUACCUUCAGGGCUUAUGUCUACAGGCAGAGGGGCGGCUCUGGCUUUGAGCAGGUUCUGGCCCCCAGUCUUUCCUCCCCAGGGUACCAGCCACCGUUAAGGGCCUUCUUUCUCUUCUGUUUGCCCCACCUGUUUUGCAGUCUUAACACCAUUGUACAUAAUAUUCACAUAAUAUAUAUAUAUAUAUGGAGAGAGAGAGAGUUAAGUGACAGUGUAUUAUUUUUAUUUAUCAGAACUGGUGGCCUCUAUUGUUUUUUUCUAUUUUGUUGUUGUUGGGAGAACCUCGUACUGUUCCCUGUGGCAGUCUGGCCGGGAGGCUUCCAUGCCCAGUGUCCCUUAUUGGCUACAAGUCCCUUGGUAGGUACGAGGAGGGACGGUGGUUUUGGAGGAGGGACAGCCCCUUCCCCUCCUCCUUCCUGACCCUUGUUCUAAAGGUUACAGGGUUCAAACAUACCUGAUUAUUAUUGUCGUUAUUAUUGUUAUUGUUGUUUUAGUUUAGCUUUAUUUUAACCAAAGGUUAUCAGAGCCAGUUGGGCUUGGACCUCAGCUGCUAAAAAGAUUUUCCGUUUCCAGGAGGGUGGGGAAAUGGCUGUCCCGCAGGCCUGCGCUGUCCAGGUGUGGUCAGGUAGGCAGAGUGGAAGCCAGCCCUGGGUUGUUCCUUGAGGUGGUGGGAGGGGGACAGGUCUAUCUUUAGAAUUAAGACAAUAAGGCAACAAUGUAUUUUGAGGGUAACUAAGGUGAUUAGUGUCCAGUGGUAUUUUUGCUUUCCCCUUUGUAGACAUAAGAUAUUUGCCACUGGGGACUAGGGGACUCUGAAUUUGUCCAAGGACUACAGAAAUGGCAGGAGCCAGAGACAGACGCUGGCUGAGGAGGUCCUUCCUGCUGGUUUUCAAAAGCCACUUUCUCCUGGGGAGCAAGGAUUUGGGGCAGGUGGAUGGGGUGGGGACAGCAAGGGUGUGGCCUACCUGCUUCCUGGGCAGGGUCCUGGGUCUUGGCCUGGCUGCCUUCCUCCCCACCAAGUUCUUUUUGGAGUUAGUUGCCAGUGGGCCCUGCUUGUCCCCUCGCCACGAGCCCACAGCUUGCCAAGAAAGACUUCAGCGCUCGCUGAGGUAGCACCAGGUCCGUCCUUUGUAAAGCUGUAAAUACUUCAUUUUAGUUUUCUACUUCUAAGCCCAGUGUCAUAUUGACAUUGGUAUUUUAGAUUGUUCUCAGAUGGGCUCUCCUGUGCUGCCCUCUCUCAACCUCCUAUUUUUGGGGGGUUUUAUAAAAUGAGGAUUGGGGAGGGGCAGGGAGAGUAAUUCCUUUUGGUUCCCUGGUUGUGGAACACACACACGCACACACACACACAGACACACUGAGACUCUGAACAGGGGAAAAAGUUCUUGGCAAGUGAACCAUGUGUUUUCUUGUGGCAAUAUGUCUCUGAAGGGCCAGUCCAUCUCGGACUUAGCUUUCUGGGUGCAGCUCAGAUGAUUUAGGGAGAAUCAAACCUCUCUGGCUUGGGAUGGUGGAGAGGGUGUGGGGUAGGGGAUAAUAUAAGGUGUAACUUAAGCUAAAUGUAAUCUAUUUAUAAAGCAAGAGACUCUCAUCUAUUUUUAUGAAAGGGAAGGUUUUUUAAUCUAGGGUAGGCAGUUGUGGUGGCCCAGCAUUUUUCUGUGGACACUAUGCAUGUUGCUGCUGGAUUUAAUAUAAUCGGUACCCCUCACCCAGUCUCCCUGUCCUCACCGCCUACUCAUCCGCACCCUUGAGUGGCUUCUGCAGAGCGUAAGGCCCCACCUCACCCCAUUUCCGUUCCCCAAUCCCCCAGCUCCUGGGUCCUUGGAAGUCUUAGGGGGGGAGGGCACUUGUGGGAAAGGGUGGGCAGCGGAGAAUUCAGAAUUGAGGUGGGUGGGUGGGGGAAGGGGGCAUGAGAUAGGGGACAAGCUCCAUUUCCAGGGUGGGCUCUGAUUAGUUGUUUGAACUAUGCCAAGAUCCAAUUCCAAGUCAGCUGUGUUUGGGCAAGAGUGGGUGGCAAUGGGGCUGUCGGUUCAGGGACCACAUGGCCUCCUUGGGGCCUGGGACCCUCUAGAGCCCUAGUGGGUCCCAGCUUGUUAGCCAGCUAGAGUGGGAGUAGAAAUGUCAUGAGAUGCCCAUAGUCCUGGCUGUACCCACUGCCUGGGCUGCCAACCUUGAUGUGCUCCUCCAGAGCCCUGGGUGAGGGAUUAGGGCAGAUUCUCUCUGGAAGGGAAUUUUUCAUGGGUGGAAGAUUUCCAGGCUCAGGGUGGGCUGUGUGCUAGUUGUGGGCAAAUCCCUCACUAUUCCUGCUGCCAAGCCCUCAAAGAAAUGAGGCAAAGGCAACUCCCGUCCCAAAGACCCCUUUGUGGACAUUUUAGCACCUACGUGAAUUUUAAUCCCACCCAGGGAGACUUUCUAUCCUGUAGUCCCAUCCCACCCCACUGUUGCUGUCUGUCUGCCAGCUGGGUCUAGCAUCAAGGGGAAGGGCGGGGGGAGGCGUUAUACUCAUUGAAAGACUACUGAUUCUACUGGGAAACCAACCUGUUUACUGUACUGUUGUAAAUACCAUGCCCUUUAUAUCCUGUAUAUUGGCUUCUUUUAAAUAAAGUGAAAUGUCUUAGAA